AUGGGAACCGAAGCCAAUAAAGAUUGUGAUAACAAAGAAAAAGCAAUCACUGCAGAUGAACUCGAAGAAACCGUCACAACAAAGGAACAAUUGACCAACUUUGCUAACGAAGUCAGCAUUUUGGGUCUCAAACAAGCGGUCAACCCAAGCUACUCCUACAUCAGACGUGCCAUAUGGUUCUGCUUCGUUUUGGUCGGAUUUGGGUUCCUGAUCCACCACCUUAAGAACCGAUUUGACUACUAUUUCUCAAAUCCGACAACCGUGAGCAUGAACGUGACCCAAAACGACACCCUGAUUUUUCCUACCGUGACUGUAUGUAACAGUGCCCCGUUCAAGGCCAGCAGUUUGGCGCGAAACAAUGAGACAGAAAUUGGCAACCUUUUUCACGUGGGGCACUCUGGCUCCCCCGACUGGUCUCUGUUCAAUCUCAGCCGUACCAGUUGGACUGAUUUCUACGUAAGGAAUGGCUUUCAAGUGGAAGACAUGGUCGUGUUUUGUCUGUGGAAGACGAAGGAAUGCAAAAGCAACGCAUUCAGGCCAGUCCUCACCGAGUUUGGGUUAUGCCAUCAGUUCGGAGGAGACGGUGGUGAUCUUCAGGUGGACAUGGAAGGCUCCAGGUAUGGGCUGGAACUCUUCCUCGACACCCAGCAGAGCCGGGAAUAUGAAGGGAACGUUUUGGACGAGGGCGCAUUGAUACUCCUUCACGACAUGGACGACCAACCUGACAUGUUGAACUUUGCCAUCCGUACAGUCCCAGGACAGAGUUCCCUCAUUGUCCUCAAACUGAAGAAGUUGGUGAACCUUCCCGCUCCCCAUGGCAACUGUGGCGAGAGAAAACUGGCUUACUACAAAAAACACAACAUGACUUUGAAAACAUGCGGCUGCCGAAUGGUAUACUAUCCAAAGGUCAGAGGUUACAGAGACUGUUCCCCGCGUGACAUCAUCACGUGUUAUUUCCCGCUGUCAGAAAACACGACCCAGAUAAAGCGACAGUGUGGCUGCAUAGCACCAUGCGAGAUUUUGUAUUUUGACUACAGCAUCUCCAGUUCUAAAAUGUCUCCAAAAGCAAUAUCAUCGGAGUUAAACAGAACAGCAGAAUCCGUUGAAAAAGAUUUCGUCAGCGUGGCGUUAUACUACACGGAUAUGACGUACGAGGAAGUGGUUCAACAAGAAGCCUACAGCACGCUGACUUUGUUUGCUGACAUAGGAGGAGCUCUUGGCCUCGUUCUGGGUAGCACCUUAAUGACACUAGCCGAAAUACUGGAUUUCAUCUUUGGGUUAUGUGUUUGGAAGAUUUCGAGAUGGAAAAAUAAGAUUUUGAACACCUUCAGAAAGCAAGAAGCAAAAGACAGCAGGCGUGUGUGA